CCGGGGUUGCUUUACCGCCGGCGACGACCAGACGCCAAUGAGCCCACCGCCCCCUUCCCUCGCCAAAAUGCCCUAGUCGACUCCUCACGCGUCCAAGCCGGCCCCUCCCCGCGCGACAUCCUCUCGGCCCGGACCUCACCGCCGGCCUUGCUGCUUCACUCUUUCGGUUCGCCCAAUCGAAUCGCGGCCCAAGUCCGAUUACUUCAGCGGCCAUGCUCCUCAAGCACCUUGCCACCGCAACCGGCCUCUCCCGCCGCCUGAUCCUCUCAUAUCGCCCUCUCUCAUCGUCUUUUGCUGCUUCACUUGCCUCCGUCGAACUUUCCCCUCCUUUCACCAACUCUGCAGACUCUGAGGAGGAUGGUAUCAUCUCCAUGAAGGGAGUUCGCAUCUCCGGCCGCCCUCUCUACCUCGAUAUGCAGGCCACCACCCCCGUAGAUCCCCGCGUCGUCGACGCCAUGCUCCCCUUCUACCUUUCCAGCUUUGGAAACCCUCAUUCCCGCACCCACCUAUACGGUUGGGAAUCAGAAUCAGACGAGGCCGUCGAAUCCGCCCGCUCGCAGGUCGCAGCUCUCGUCGGCGCCAACCCUAAGGAAAUUUUUUUCACAUCCGGAGCCACCGAGUCCAACAACAUCUCCGUUAAAGGCGUCAUGCACUUCUAUAGAGAAAAGAAACGACACAUCGUUACCACCCAGACAGAGCACAAGUGCGUCCUCGACUCCUGUCGCUACCUACAGCAGGAGGGCUUCGAAGUUUCGUACCUCCCCGUCCGUCCUGACGGCCUCAUCAAUCUUGACCAGCUUGCCUCGGCAAUCCGCCCUGACACUGGACUCGUCUCCGUCAUGGCAGUCAAUAACGAGAUCGGCGUUGUGCAACCACUUGAGGAGAUCGGAAGGAUCUGUAAGGAGAAGGGCGUCCCCUUCCACACCGAUGCUGCUCAAGCUCUAGGUAAGAUCCCUAUCGACGUUGAAAGGAUGGGGAUAGGCCUGAUGUCGCUAAGCGGGCACAAAAUUUAUGGUCCGAAGGGUGUUGGUGCACUUUACCUCCGGCGGCGUCCGAGAAUCCGAGUGGAACCUCAGAUGAAUGGCGGUGGUCAGGAGCGUGGCGUCCGCAGCGGCACUGUGCCUACGCCGCUUGUAGUUGGUUUUGGGAAGGCCUGCGAGAUUGCCAUGAAGGAGAUGGAGUAUGAUGGCCGCAGGAUUGCAGCGUUGCAGGAGAGGCUACUUAAAGGGAUCAGGGAGAAGCUGGAUGGAGUGGUGGUGAAUGGUAGCAUCGAGAAUCGUUAUUCUGGAAAUUUGAACCUUUCUUUUGCUUAUGUUGAAGGUGAAAGCCUGCUUAUGGGACUGAAAGAGGUGGCAGUUUCUAGUGGGAGUGCUUGUACCAGCGCUAGCCUUGAGCCUUCUUAUGUGUUGAGAGCACUUGGAGUAGAUGAGGAUAUGGCUCACACUUCAAUAAGAUUUGGCAUUGGGAGGUUUACAACCGAAGCAGAGAUAGAUCACUCUGUAGAGUUGGUGGUUCGUCAAGUUGAGAAGCUG